CGCGCACGGAGAAGCAUGGAGAAGCUUCGGGUACAAGUUCGCUGUUAGAUUCAAGCCGGGGAAUUCAGUCGAGACUCUCAAGUUGAAGUGGCGAGUUUUUCAAGUGUCCUCCUGAUGCUCUUCGAUGGCACUGAUCGACGCGAUCGUCCCAUCUCUGCGGAAGGUCCACUUGAUUCGUCGUUUCCUGAUCAGCCGGAUGGAGUCGCCAGUAAUUGAUUACUAAUUGGUGCAACCUUCACUUCAUUCGAUUCCAUUCUACAAUCAUGGCCGCACUGAUGCGUGAAAUGUAACGCCAAGCGCAGCUCAUGGCGCUGCCGCGCGUCGAGAACACUGUCGUUCUCCAUCUCAUCUUCGUAGUCGCUUUGGGUUUCGCCCUUUUCGCCUGCCGCGUUCUGAUAGAGCCAACGAAAGCAUGGGUUCCGUGCAGCGAUCCCACAAUAAGUUUCCCUUUCAAACCCGAAACUAUUUCUACAACUCAUAUCAUCGCUUACAUCUGCCUCUUCCCUCCGCUAGUUAUUCUGAUCAUCGAGUUCCUGAGGUGGCGACUCGAUGAAACGGAUUGGUUCCCGGUGGGAGCGUGCACCCUCUUCGGAUUGCGCGUUCCCAAACUGGUCCAAUGUUUAUAUCUGAGCAUUGGGAACUUUCUUUAUGGCUCCGCGCUGACGAUGAUUACCGUAGAAUUCGGCAAGAAGACCGUCGGACGUCUGCGACCUCAUUUUUUCGAAGCUUGUAAAGCCACGAACCUGCAAGAAAUUUGCGAUCCCAGCAGACUGAAUCAGUUCGUCUAUGACGUCAAGUGCUCCAACCUGAAAAAUGAGAUCACGGCUAGAGAGUCCUUCCCGUCGGCACAUUCCGCUGCCACUUUCUAUAUCGCGGUUUUCCUUCUGUUCUACCUACAAAGUCGGAUGUCAUGGCCCUCGAAUCUUCUUCCGAUUCUUCGACCCACGGUCCAGAUGAUCUUCGUUCAGAUCGCAUUCGUCGUAGGUCUGACGCGAGUGCGAGAUCAUUAUCACCACUACUCCGAUGUCGCGGUCGGAGCUCUCAUCGGGACAAUUUGCGCCAUCAUCACAGUCUUCUACAUGUCCCCACUUAUGGGCAGCUGCUCAACCUGCCGGACCAGAACGAGGAGCAGAGUUUUGGGAUCUGCCACUGCCGCUGCCAGCGAUCAGUCUUCAGUAUCGAGUGAAGCCCCUUCGUCCCACGCCGCGUCGAAGAAAGAGCCACACUCGGAAAUGUCUUUUGAAGCGAGACACUCGACGGGGUUGGACGUCAGGACUCUAAGACUCCCUUCCCGUCUCGGAAUGGAUCCGGGAGGGAGGAAAGAUAUUUCAAAUGCUUGUUGAAGCAUCCUCACAGGAAGAAAUCAGCCAGGAAAGCUGCCGACUGCGCCGUCGGUGUCCUCUUAGUCGUACGAGACCAGCUUAAGUAACGUGUUGGAGUGCCGUGCCCUGCAGCCUUUGAAUAAAAACUACAAAA